AUGACACCAACGGCGCGCCGUCGCUCCCGCGCGCCUCGUGCGCACACCCCCGGUCAAUCAGCAUCACAAACGCACCUCGCCCCGCCCACUCCACGCCGCGUCUCGGGAAGAAGACUACAAGUCCCAGAGGGUCCCUGGCGCACCUCGCCACGUGUUUUCUCUGCCCGCCAAUGGGUGGAAGCGCCGCAUGAGCCUGCUCCCGCCCCCCGGGCGCGCCCGAGCCAAUUGGAAGGGGUGGUGUGUGUGCGAGGGCAAGUGGGGAGGGGGACUCGGCUCAGGACCGGGAGGCCCUACUCGCAGGUCUCGGGGUCCCGGUGGCGGCCGGAGCGCUUGGUCCGCAGGCAGUGGGCGAGUGGUGCCCCUCCCGCCCCAAGCCCCACGCGCGCGCACCCCAGCCCCUCCCUCCCUGCCACCCUCCGCGGCUCCCGCGCGCCGGCGGCGGUUCCUCUCCCCCUCCCCCCAGCCCUGGCUCCGGGGGACCCCGCGAUGCCGGUCCGCACCGAGUGUCCCCCGCCGGCCGGUGCCUCGGCCGCCUCCGCGGCCUCGCUCAUCCCGCCGCCGCCCAUCAACACCCAGCAGCCCGGCGUGGCCACCAGCCUGCUCUACAGCGGCUCCAAGUUCCGCGGCCACCAGAAGAGCAAGGGGAACUCGUACGACGUAGAGGUGGUGCUGCAGCAUGUGGACACAGGGAACUCUUACCUUUGUGGGUACCUGAAGAUUAAAGGCCUGACUGAGGAGUAUCCAACCCUUACGACCUUCUUUGAAGGAGAAAUAAUCAGCAAAAAACACCCUUUCUUAACUCGAAAGUGGGAUGCGGAUGAAGACGUUGAUCGGAAACACUGGGGCAAGUUUCUGGCUUUUUAUCAGUAUGCAAAAUCAUUUAAUUCAGAUGAUUUUGAUUACGAAGAGCUGAAGAAUGGGGAUUAUGUCUUUAUGAGGUGGAAGGAGCAGUUCCUGGUCCCGGACCACACGAUCAAAGACAUCAGUGGUGCUUCCUUUGCCGGGUUCUACUACAUCUGCUUCCAGAGGUCGGCAGCCUCCAUAGAGGGCUACUAUUACCACAGGAGCUCAGAAUGGUAUCAGUCUCUCAACCUAACGCAUGUUCCCGAGCACAGCGCACCCAUCUAUGAGUUCCGGUGACAGCGGUUCAGAAGCAGCCAAAUAAAACUGAACUUGGCAAAAAAGAACUUUGCCAAGAAAAUUGUGUACCUGCCGGAACGGAGGACGUGUGUUCCUGUUUCUCCAUGAGCAGACUCGCAUCAGAAGCAUGAAUGUCAACCUACAGAAUCCCAGGAGCAUGGCCGCCCAGCAGGGCGGGGGAAGGGGGCGGCCUCCGCUCUCCCUCCCUCUCUGUGGCAGUUCGGGCUUCAUCUGUUUUUCAGCUACCUUAAAUGCACUUUUCCGUCCUGCACAGCUAACUUGCGUCACUGAAAUGCCCCUUCCUUCCUCCAGCCGAGUAGAAGGUCAGAGCCUCGGUCACCCUCAGCCUUGGUGCUCAGUGGUCCCCACUCAGGCCCCAGGCCCCCUCGCUUCCCCAGCUGCUUAGUCUGGUAGCUCAAGAGAAGGCAGAGCCCCAGCACGUGUGUGCCCCGCAGAGCUCUGUGCAGGGAUUGGCGGGCUGCAGCGGCACCUGCCAAUGAGACGUGAGGCGGAGGCUAAUUCCUUCACAGGGUCAGCUGGCGCUGCCUAGCCCUGUGAUGUUCACGCCAAGCUAGUCAGCGGCUGGCAGGUUCCCUGGGCCUGCCGUCAGGGAUCCUUAAAUUUAAGGCUUCCAGAUCCCUGGCAGGAACAGAUUCCAGUCAUGCUUACUCAGCACGUUUGCUCCAAACUUUUGAACUUGAGGGCAAUACUAAACUUUAAAAAAAAAAAAAAAAAGAGUUUUUUUAUUACAAAAUUAUUUUUAUGGUUCCUUUAACAAGGACCCUAUGGCAAAUGCAGUUAUUCAGAAUUACAUUUUAUCGUUUUCACAUUGAAAACAGCAAAUGUUGACUUAGUAAUUUUUAUAUCUAUAUCUAUAUGUAAAUGUAUAUUUAAUCAACCAGCAGUUUGAAACUCGUCAUCCUGGUACAAAAGUUUUGCAGCAUUGCGUAAAUUAUAGUGCUAAACGUGAGAACUGUUUUUGGGGCCAGUUUAGCAUUUGUACCUCCUCCUUUUGCUACUCAAAACAGCAGUGCUUCACGGUGGGUGACCUUUUCCAUCAGGCAGAAGGGGCCGCUCUCCUGAGAUGGCGACUCGGAAAUGUUGGGACGGGGAGCGGUGGGAACAUGAACACGCUCAGAUCACGCAAGGCUCA